AUGCAGGCCGCUCUGUUCCUUGCAUCGAUGGGACCACCUUUUCAAGUAAGUCUUCUAUACAUUUCCACUUUGAGCCCUCAAAAAGCACACUUCUGCAGCAACCACCAGGUCAGGAGGGUCCCUCUCAGUUGCGCAAGCUCUUCAUCGGCGGUCUGAACCAUGAAACGACUGGUGAACAGGUAGGGUUUCCAACAUUUUGAACCUUUAAAGUGGUCCCCCUUUCAGCUCGGCCAAUACUUUUCCAAGUGGGGACCUGUGGUCGAUGCGAUCGUGAUGCGUGACGCGCACACAAAAAUCUCACGUGGAUUCGGAUUCGUCACUUUCGCCUCCGUUUAUAGUGUCGAGUUGGCGAUGGCGGAUAGACCGCACGUGCUGAGCGGGAAGACGGUCGACUCGAAACGAGCGAUUCCACGCGAGCAAAUGGCGCCAACUCUGACGGUCGCCGGCUCAAUCUCAUUCUUCCAAACGUUCGGGCCUCCUCCGAGUCGCGCUCGCAAAGUGCUCUUGAGUGGCAUCAUCGCCGGAAUCCAUUCGAUCGACGCGCUUCGCAUUUACUUUGACACCUUCGGCACUCUGGAUCAAAUCGAGAUCCUCAACGGAUCCGGACUCGCUUUUGUGAUCUACGCGGCAAACGCGUCGGCGGAUCGGUGUCUGAUGCACAAUCUCGGGCGACACGUCGUCAACGGACAGACGAUCCACGUGCAGCAGUUUGAAAAGCGCUCGUCGACGACUACCGAGGACGAGUGCAACAGUUUCUCUUCGGAUGACUAG